AUCAAACCUCUCCGGUGUAACAAACAAAACGAAUGUGUCACGCAACAAACGAACCUAAGAACAAAUAACAAACAAACAAACAAAAAAGUGUUACUAGAAGGAUGAAGGUUUGAUACAGUCCAUAGCAUUUAUAGCAUAAGGCGUACGUGGCUUACCAUAGAAGUUAUGGAAGAUAACAGCUCUCUAUACUCGGAGGUGAUGGAAAGCGAACUGGUCUACGAAAACUCUCAGGCCUAUACAGCAGAAAUGGCAACCAACGGAAGCAUCAGGGCCAUGGCAGAGCUCAUACAGCAACAUCCCCCUAUGUCAAGAUUCAGCAUCCGAGAUCGUUCUCUUUCUCGCAAGUCACGGGACAGAUCGAUCAGUCCUGGUUCCCCUCCUGCUGGCGCUCCCGUAUCCCCUUCUGCUGAGGUCCCGGUAAGCCCUCCUGCCACGGAACUGACAUCGGCGAUCCCGAAAGAGAAGAGCAUUCGUUGUCCUGCUAGCUAUAUUGACAUCAACACUUCCGGGCUGCAGCCUAACAGCAUCCGUGGUCGCGACAAAACACGUACAUCCCCUGUUCUUCACAUAGAAAGUGUACGUAUGUUGAUUGAAAUUUCACAUCUCUUCGUAUCCACCGAUGAGUCCAAUGCCUUGCAAAGCGAGUGGUACAUAAAAAAGUACAUCGUGGCGCAUAUGGAGCACGUGGCGCGCCUGGGGCAUCUGGAGCCGCCCCUCACUGCGACUUCAGAAUCCACGCAGGAUUUCUGGUGCUGUGCUUGGUCCUGCCUUUCCAGAGCCUCCUGUAGGAAUCAUGAUGUCCAGCCGCUUCAGAUGUGGAUCGAAGAUGCGAGGGCUCACAAAAAGGAGUUUUUGAACACGCUGAGAGAGCCUCUACAUGAACGUAUGUCUCAUAUAGAAAAAAUGGAAAGUUUUGUUAAACCGGCGUUUCACGCUCUAACUAAAGCUUCCAGAAAGUUGUGGUUGGAUCGCCAGGCCUUGCAGGAAGUUGCAGAGACCUUGGAUACAUUGCAAGAGAACGAUUCUACUGUCGAGACUCCCGCGCAACAAGCUCUUUCUCUCAAUGAAGAGAUGGCGCAGCUGGGAAAACUCUGGUCAGACAUCGAAGAGGAAUCGAAGGACGGAGAGACGAGCCUUUUCUCUCACAACAAUAAACUGUUCAUCUCGACACAGCAUCCUGACCGCACUAUAGUUGUGCACAUAGGUGAAGAAAGUACAUCUCCUGUUCUUCACAAAGAAAGUGUACGUAUGUUGAUUGAAAUUUCACAUCUCUUCGUAUCCACCGAUGAGUACAAUGGUAACAGGAAUUUAUUUGUAAUAGUGCCUGUAAUAUAUCAACAAAUCAAGUUACACAGCAUUUUCUUUAAAUACAAACAUAUGAAUGUCUCCACAGCCUUGCAAAGCGAGUGGUGCAUAAAAAAGUACAUCGUGGCGCAUAUGGAGCACGUGGCGCGCCUGGGGCAUCUGGAGCCGCCCCUCACUGCGACUUCAGAAUCCACGCAGGAUUUGUGGUGCUGUGCUUGGUCCUGCCUUUCCAGAGCCUCCUGUAGGAAUCAUGAUGUCCAGCCGCUUCAGAUGUGGAUCGAAGAUGCGAGGGCUCACAAAAAGGAGUUUUUGAACACGCUGAGAGAGCCUCUACAUGAACGUAUGUCUCAUAUAGAAAAAAUGGAAAGUUUUGUUAAAACGGCGUUUCACGCUCUAACUAAAGCUUCCAGAAAGUUGUGGUUGGAUCGCCAGGCCUUGCAGGAAGUUGCAGAGACCUUGGAUACAUUGCAAGAGAACGAUUCUACUGUCGAGACUCCCGCGCAACAAGCUCUUUCUCUCAAUGAAGAGAUGGCGCAGCUGGGAAAACUCUGGUCAGACAUCGAAGAGGAAUCGAAGGACGGAGAGGUGAGCCUUUUCUCUCACAACAAUAAACUGUUCAUCUCGACACAGCAUCCUGACCGCACUAUAGUUGUGCACAUAGAUGAAGAAAGCACUGACUGUAGUUACAUAUAGAUGGAUACUUGUGUUGUUCGGACACACAGACACACAUAUAUAUAUAUGACUGCCGCGAUAGCUCAGUGGUUAGAGCACUGGACUCCGACCCUCGUGGUCCCGGGUUCAAUUCCCCGAGAAAACGACAUAUCGGAUUGAGAAGUCAGACGCAGGUGUCGUAGGGGAUGUCACCGCCGUGGCGCAAGUGUUAAUGCACCGAACCGCGGUUGAUUAGGAAGGGCAUCUAAUCAGGCAAGGGUGACACUGCCAUAUAACCUCUCAAUACUGAAUUGAGAGAGGCCUAUGUCCUACAGUGGAAUUAAUGGCUGUUGAAAAAAAAAUAUAUAUAUAUAUGCACUACUAUUACUAGCACUACUACUACUGCUACUGCUACAACCACUACCCCUACCACUACAACUACCGCAACCACUGCUACUACCACUAUUACUACUUCUACGACUACUACCUCUACUACUACUGUUGGAUUUUCUUUUGUUUCUUUCAGUGGGAAUCCAUUUUUUUUGUAUGAAGAAUACUUAAUCUUUUUUUUAGACAUCUACCUUCAACAUGAGGAAAACAGUUAUUGUGAAAAUUGAAACUAUAUUAUAGGCUUGAUGAUAUCAAAUUGAAAAGUAUGUGGUUAUGUAUCAUAGUAAUAGUUAGUAAUAGAUACGAUAUGAUUUAUUGCUUAAUUUUGACUAUUGUUAUUAGUGUCAGGCAAAUCUUAUUGACUUAAUUAUGAUUGUAGUAAUGAGUAUAGUAUUUGGAGUACUUAUUAUAAAUAUUUACGAAAGACUCUCAAAUUUAGGAUGUUGAUAUACCAUAAAAAUAUGUGCAAUAGUAUAUAAGCAUAUUUUUUAAAAAUUGAUAUGAUAAUAUAAUUUGGAUUUGGGAAUUCUUUAGUUAACUCUUGAUAUGAUUUUAUGAUUUUGACAUAU